CAUUCCAACAAAUUAAAACUCCCUGGCUCCAGGUACGUAGUUAUAUUUCCCCUCGCUAGUUUAUAGAAAGUUUCCUUUUUAAAACUACGUACCUUGUAAUAAUUAUUUUUUAGAAUUAAUAUUAUGCCUGGAUAAAUGUAACUCUUUUUGAAUUGCUUGAACGUACGUACAGCAGUUGUAGUUGAGUUUGAGCAGGAGGAAUAUAAUACAAUGGCUCGUACAAAGCAAACUGCACGCAAGUCCACCGGCGGGAAAGCUCCGAGGAAGCAACUCAGUUUUAUUAAGAAGGCUGCCGUGAAACAAGCCCCGACCACCGCUGGGGUGAAGAAGCCGCACCGUUACCGCCCCGGAACCGUCGCUCUCCGGGAAAUACGGAAGUAUCAGAAGAGUACAGAUCUGCUAGUGAGGAAGCUGCCGUUCCAGAGGCUGGUGCGGGAAAUAGCACAGGACUUCAAGACGGACUUGAGGUUCCAAAGCCACGCGGUUCUCGCUCUCCAGGAGGCUGCCGAAUCCUACUUGGUCGGGCUAUUCGAAGACACCAAUCUCUGCGCCAUUCAUGCCAAGCGCGUCACCAUCAUGCCCAAGGACGUCCAGCUUGCUCGCCGUAUUCGCGGCGAGCAGCCUCUUAAAUCUUAGUUAAUUUCCUUAAAUUUUCAUUAAUCUUAGUUUAUAAUUAAUCUAGCCUCAUCCUGCCGGCAGGCCCCCACAUGUAUGUGCCUUACAUACGAAGUACUCGUACAAGUUUGUUUUCAAUUACGCAGUUAAUUACUAGACUACUAGUUGACGACAAGAAUUCAGACUUAUCUUAAAGAUUGAUUGAUCACUUUUUGUGCAAAGUUGAUUGAGCA